AUGCAGAACUGCAUAAAUUACUCUUUCGCUUUCUGUACUCCUUGUCCUUCGAGUUCCUGCUACACAUGGAGUGUAAAAAGGCAAAAUGCACUUGAAGGUCGCGAGGUCAGUGACCAGAUGACGAGCGAUGACCCAGAGAAGGGUGCUCUCGAAGGGGAUAGGGCCCCUUUGGUGUCGCUCACAAAAGGAACGAUCACUAGGGCAGCA